UGUUCGUUUGGAGGUUAGGUUAUGUCUGUCAAGGGAUCUCUGGUGGUAGAAAAACACUUGUUACGAGGGUCCAUAGCAGUGGUCGGGGAAAUUAGAGAAAGAAGGAGAGAGAGUGUGCGAGUGCAGUGUUGAUGAUAGUGUCGAUUUCGCUGGCAAAUUGUUAUGAGAUGAUUUGCGGCCACCGCGUAUAGAGCAACCCAGAGAUGUUCGUUGACCAAUGAAUUGUUGGACGAAAUGGAGCCCCACAGCCACAACAAACAGGACCUGCUCAGACCAGAACUGUUCUUUCUCCUGCAAAAGUUCCUAUCGGCCAGUCCGUUGCAGGAAACUUACAAGGCUUUGACCAAGGAGUUGGAAGAGCAAAAGAUAUUACCAAAGAGGAUUGAUUGGGAGGGCAAGCAACAUGAUAGGACUUUCAAUGAUUUGGAACGUCUUUACCCUCAUAUUGGAUCUAAUCAUUUGCUGGAUAUAUGCGCCAGGAUUGGAACGAUCCUGGACAAGGAGAUCCCCCCUACCGUGCCCGGAGUGCAAUCGCUGCUCGGGUCCGGGAGACAAUCCAUCCUAAGAACCUCCAACUCCAUCCUGCCAAAGCUCAAUUUACGACAUUACGCUACGAGAAAACAUGGAAUGCCCAUUUCCGAUCCAUAUCUGCCUCAUACCCAUCAUAACAUAACCAACGUAUUGGUCGGCAGAGAAAUGUCCGGCCAGAUCUCUAGGUGCGUGGCGAUGUCUCCCAUGCGAUAUUCGCAGUUGCAGAUUCAUCGGAAGACGUUCGGACACUUGUCUCCGGUUUACUGUUUGCUCUUUGAUUCGACAGGACGUUACGUUAUAACGGGUGCGGAUGAUAUGCUGGUGAAGCUGUGGUGCGCGUACAGCGGGAAGCUGGUGCAUUCGUUUCGGGGAGCGUUGUCAGAGAUCUCGGAUAUAUCUGUGAACGUGGAGAACACUCUGAUGGCGGCUGGACUUAUCAGCAAGGUGCUCAAGGUGUGGGAUCUGCAGACGGGAGCUCCAGUCUGCGUGCUGACCGGCCACACGGGUACCAUCACCUCCGUGAACUUUUGUCCAUCCGGGACCUGGGGCACCAAGUAUAUUGCGACGACCAGCUACGACGGAUCCGUGGGUUUCUUCACAUACAGUCACGCCGUACGGGAUAAACCGGUCUUUGCUUCCAAGCCUAUAUUUUACCAGGAGAAGAUGAGGCCAGGACAGUCGCAGAUGAUUUGCGCCGCGUUCAGUCCGGGCGGAUGCUUCCUCGCCGCCGGAUCCGCCGAUCACCACGUGCGCGUCUAUGGGAUGCGAAGCGACGAGGGCCCAACGCGAAUCUUCGAGAUGGAGGUUCACACGGAUCGUGUGGACUCGAUAGCUUGGGCUCAUCGUGGUCUUCGAUUCGUCUCCGGCAGUAAAGACGGCACGGCAUUCAUCUGGCGUUUCGAACAGCAGCAGUGGAAAUACAUUCAGCUCUGCAUGACAACCAGGUUACCCAACACGAUGGAAGUGUCGGAGGAGCCGAAAAAGUUAUCUGUUACCAUGGUGGCCUGGGAGGGAUCCAAUAAUUUUGUGGUCACUGCAGUCGGCGAUAACUGCCUGAAAGUAUGGAAGUCGACAACGGGUGAACUGAUGAGAGUGCUUACCGGACACAGCGAGGGCAUCUUUGUGCUGGAACCACAUCCGAAGGAACCUUACGUGCUGCUGUCCUGCGGUCACGACGGGCAGAUAUUCAUAUGGGAUAUACUGCGCGGCGCUCAGGUGGCCCACUUCCAGAACGAGUCGAGCGAUCCAGCUGCAGGUGCCGGCGCCAUCUACGAUGCCAAAUGGUCGAGCGACGGCACCAUGUUCUCCGCCUGCGAUUCGUUGGGCCACAUACUCACCUACGGGUUCGGCAACGGGAGCGAUCGAAUGAAAAUGCUGCCCAGAGAGCUGUUCUUCCACACCGAUUAUCGUCCGCUCGUGAUCGAUCCCGAUGCAGGUGUUUUAGAUGAACAAACGCAGGUCGCUCCGCACUUGAUGCCGCCUCCGUUCCUCGUCGACAAAGAUGGAAAUCCUUAUCCGCCGAAGCUGCAGCGUUUGGUGCCGGGCAGGGAGCACUGCGCCAGCGAACAACUGGUGCCCAACAUUGUUAUAGGAACUGGCGGGAGGCAAGAAGUUAUCCAGGGGAUUGCGGACGCUCCCAGAUCUGAUAUCGAUAGAAUGAUCGCGGCGUUGGCUCAGAGGCAGAACAGGAACGAGGAGAACGAAGGCGAGGAAGCACUACCGCCCCGAUCCAUCAGGAACACUUUCAGAGGGACUGCAGAUGCUGGCGAAGGCGUCAGAAGGAGCACCGGAGAGUGGCAGCAAGAUCCGAAUAUGGUUUGGAACAAGAACUACAUCGUGCCGCCGUUGAGAAAAUCGGAGAUACAGAAAGCAAGGCAAUUCAUUGAAAAUAUAGCUGCAUUGGAAACUGCCGAAUACCAGAAGGAGAUUAAACGUAGACCAUUGAUGAUAAAUACUGCGUCGACGUCGUCGCCCAUCAAGAACAUCAAGGAUAAAAGAAAACGGAGGAACGGCAUUCCCGCGCGACACACGAGAGCACACUCGAGCAACAACGAGGCAGAGCCCGAGCAGAAUGUGGACAUCGAACACGAAGAGUCUAAUAAUAGUAGCAGCAACAAUAGUGACGAUUCGAGUGCGAAGGAUCUGAGUUUAAGCGAUUCUAGUUCAGACUCUGAAGAGUCUUCGGGUUAUUCCGAUUGGGUGGCGGAUCAGGGCGUGAACCUGGAGCCGCCGAAGAGAUCCAAACGUAAAUCGGCUCAUCGUAAAAUUGUGGACGGUGAGGACGACGCGGACGACGACGACGAGUUCGUAAAUCAUGCAUCAUCUAGUCAUUCGAAGACGAAGGCUGUGCCUAAAUUCCAAAUGGGCGAAGUGCCGGACAUCUACAAGCAGCUAGAGUGGCUGUCGGAGACGAUACCAAGGAAGGCGCCGUACUGUCCGCAGAUGGGAGACGAGGUCGUGUAUUUUAUCCAGGGCCAUCGGAUGUAUAUAAACGCGGUCAAAAUGAAGAAAGUGUACAAGGUGUACAACAGGGAUCUGCCGUGGACGAAGCACGAUCUGAAGGAUCACGAGUUCGUGAAGAUUGUUGGCAUCAAGUACGACAUUCGACCUCCGCGACUGUGCUGCCUAAAGUUGGCCCUUCUCGACGACGAGCACAAGCUAACGGACAAGGUUUUCACCAUCAGGUACCACGAUAUGGCGGACGUGCUCGAUUUCUUCGUGCUCAUCCAGACGUACGAGACGGCCAUCUCAAGGACGUGGAGCGAAGGCGACAAGUUUCGAUGCAUGAUCGACGAUGGAUGGUGGGUCGGGAAGAUCAGCUCCAAAUCUUCGCUGUCCGAUGAGUAUCCCGAUUCGUUAUUCAUGUGCUACGAGAUACAGUGGGAUAACGGGGAGGCGGAGAGGAUGAGCCCGUGGGAUCUGGAGCCAAUCAGGGAGGAUCGUUUGCCGGAGACGGUGGGCGAGGCGGUGCCAGUGCUGCCCGACGAAAUACAGAGCAUCCUGUAUCAGCCGACGAUGGAGGAGUGGCCGAGAGGAGAUCGUAACACGACGUGCCGCAGGAUCAUCUCCGGAUUGGACAAGAUGAUGGAACUGGCCAUCGCCGAACCGUUCCUCGCUCCGGUCGACCUGAAUCUGUAUCCGUCUUACUCGUAUCUGGUCGAGUAUCCGGUGGACCUGUCCAUGAUCAAGGCUCGCUUCGAGAAUCACUUUUACAGACGGAUAGCCUCUGCCCAGUUCGACGUGCGAUACCUCGCCUGCAACGCCGAAAAGUUCAACGUGCCGCACAGUAAGAUCGUGAAGAACGCCAGGAUCAUCACCGAUCUCUGCCUGAGAAUCAUCAAGAGUUCAACGGAGGACAUCGACGUUCAGGCGAUUUAUCAUCAGAUGGUCGAUACGUAUGAGUCUUCGUGUAGCGAGGAGGAUCCCGAGACUUUCGUGUCCCGCCCCGGUCCAUCCAACGUGACCAAUCAGCGACCGACGAGGGCGUUGACGACGAGAAACGCGGGAGUCGUCGAUUGGCGCGUCGAAGCGAACAAACUGCUGAACAAAAUGCUGCGCACCGAAGAUUCCGUCCCCUUCCGUACACCAGUCGACCGCAUCAAACAUCCAGAUUAUUACCAGAUGGUCGACACGCCGAUGGAUUUGGGAACGGUGCGCGAGGAUCUCGUCGGCGGGAACUACGACACCCCGUUGGAAUUUGCCAAAGACAUGAGACUGAUAUUUCAAAAUUCGAAGAUAUUUAAUACUAACCAACGGUCGACGAUAUAUAUGAUGACGAUGCAACUUUCGGCGCUCUUCGAGGCGAAUAUUAAGAAUGUGAUAAACGCGUGGAGGAGGACGACGCUGCGGAAGGGACGAACGUUGAGGAAGGGCAGCCGUCGGGUGGCUACGUCCUCGACGGCAUCUGCUCUUGUCGAGGAGAGUGACAGCGACAACAGCGAGAAGGAGAACAAGGAGAUGGCUGUGCAAUCGAAUAAACGCCGAACAUUGAGGAACACUGUGAACAGCAACUCGAAAAUGCCAUUACCACCCGCAUCCAGUGAUGACGACGAUGAUGACGAUUCGGACGUGGACGUGGAGAACGUCGCGACGCAGGGUAGUGGCGGCGGCGCUUGUAGUGGAAGUAGUGGUGGCAGUCAGAAGACGGCGAACGAUGCGAGACGUCGCAUCUCGAGUAGCGAGUCGAGCGACGCCGCCAGUCAGCUGGGCGCCGAAUCUUCCUCGUCGGAGGCGGGAAGCGACUGCGAGCCACUGAGUAAGUACGCGAAAUCUCAACGGAACAGACAUCGGAAGCGACGCAAACUGACGAGCAGCAGUUCGGGCAACGACAGUGAUGAUAGUGACAGAAAAACGCUGCGACCUCGUAACUCUAAGCGUAGAAAAAAGUGCAUCAACGACGACGACGACGACGACAGUUCGAACAGUAGUGAUAGUAGUGACAAUGUUCCGUUGGCGAUGAACAGACGUUUGGCAAACAGCGCCAACAAUGGCAGGAACAACCACAACCACAAUUUGAACGACGACAAUGAGGACGAGGACGACGACGACGAUGAUGAUCGAUCCGAUUCGAGGGUCGUGACGACCGUCAGCAGUCGUGGCAGGGUGCGCAAGAUGACGGAAAGGGCGCGUGUUUUCCUCGGCAAAUCGUAAUCCACGAAUUUCGAUUGAAUCAUUAUUUAAUUUAUUUUUUGUCUUAAAUGUACUUAUCGCAGUUAAUAUUAUAACAUUUCAUUUUUAUUAUUUCUUCCUUUCAUCGUCGUCUCACUCCGCCGCCCAUUUGUCGUCGUCGUCGUCUUCGUCAUCGUCCUUUUUACUUCUUCUGUAAUAUGUGUCAUCAUCAUAUUAGUUUCUUUUUUACUUACUUAUAAAUUCUUCUUCUUUUACUGUUAUCACACCGAUCAUUAUUAUAACUAGAUUUGUACCUAUUUAUUGUUGUUGUACGAUCUGCGCGAAUUUUCUUUGUUGAAGAACUAAAAUAAAAUAUAUUUUCCA